AUUCAUCAGUUCAGCGUCUUCCAGUGGUAGAUGAGUAAGGAGGCCUGUCGGAUGCGAUUUGGGAUCCGGUGCUCCAGCAUCUCUUUGUGGAGCCUCCAAUCCUCGUUCCUCUUCAACGCGUCGCUCAAGCAGCAGAUCGGCUUCGCGCAUCACCACCUGGCGAUCGAGCCCCCUGAAGCGGGGAUCUUCUCGGCGAUCUUGGAACCGCACUAGAUCGGCCGAUCGAUCAGCGUCGAAAUAUCACUGAUUCUUGAUUCUUGGAAGGAUCCAAGCUCCACAUCAAAAUAUCAGCAAGCGAUGGAGUGGAAGUCGUUCUUGGAGGGCGGCGUGGCGUCGAUCGUCGCGGGAUCGCUGACGCAUCCCCUGGAUCUCAUCAAGGUUCGAAUGCAGCUCCAAGUGGAGCCGAUUCCCGUGGCCCAGGUCCAUCAAUCCCUGGCAUUCGCGGGCGGUCACACGGCAUCGAUCGCGGCAGCGGCGCCAAGAACAGCGGGGCCGAUCGCGGUCGGGAUUAGGGUUGUCCAGACGGAGGGCGCGCGAGCUCUCUUUUCGGGCGUCUCGGCGGCGGUUCUUCGCCAGACUCUCUACUCCACCACGCGCCUGGGGCUGUACGAUGUGAUGAAGAAGAAGUGGCAGGAGCCGGAUGGGAGCUUGCCACUGCCCAAGAAGAUCGGGGCGGGGCUGGUUGCUGGGGCGAUCGGCGCGACGGUGGGGAAUCCAGCCGACGUCGCCAUGGUCCGGAUGCAAGCCGAUGGACGAUUGCCCCUGGCGCAGCGGAGGAACUACGCUGGCGUCGGCGACGCGCUCUUCCGGAUGGCGCGCCAGGAAGGGAUCAAGGCGCUGUGGACUGGAUCGGGGCCGACUGUGCAGAGGGCGAUGAUCGUCACGGCGGCGCAGCUCGCGACUUACGAUCAGACCAAGGAGGCGCUCCUCCGCAACCGCGUGACCAGGGAUGGGUUUGGCACCCACGUCGCGGCCAGCUUCUCGGCGGGCUUCGUGGCGUCGGUGGCUUCCAACCCGAUCGACGUGAUCAAGACGAGGAUCAUGAAUAUGAGCGUCCAGGCCGGGGAGGAGGCGCCCUACAAGGGGACGCUGGAUUGCGCGGUGAAGACGAUCAAGGCCGAGGGGCCGAUGGCGCUCUACAAGGGAUUCGUGCCCACGGUGUCGCGCCAGGGGCCAUUUGCGGUGGUGCUGUUCGUGACGCUGGAGCAAAUGCGAUCGCUCCUCAAGAACGUUUGAUCCAGCUCUUGAUUCUUGAGAUGGAUCACUCCUGAUUGUUUGGAGUUCCUUUUGAUUAUGACGAAGAAAAUAAAGAACUAGAAGUGAAUCUAA